CGGCCAGCGUCACCGGAAAAACACCCUGGAGGUCCUUCAGAGAGAGCGGUAGUGAUUCUGUUUCACUUCGACUCUACUUCGGGAUCAGGUCGACGCUUGCCACCAGUUCAGCUCACUUACCUUCAAGCCUAUAACCUGGACACGGCCGCCUGCAUUGCCCCGAGAAAUGGGCGCGCCUUGGGCUUUCUAACCAUUCAUCAGGCAAUACUUAAUAGGGUAGUGCAACACUUCCUACGAUGGGAAUUUUCUCCUGUCCACCUCCUAUUCGGUAUCGCAGCAGGCAGCCGAGAAAUAGCUAGUGUAUGUGGCCAGACUCCACAGACAACCUCAAUCAUGUCUGGGACGUCUACCGGCACCGAAAAGCAGGGCGAGGACAAGCCGGCGCAUAUUCUCGGGUCAAUAGUCUCUCAAAGCCCGAGGACAUGAUGCUUCUGAUGCUUUGAAGUCGGUGGACGAGUUCUCCUCAGCGCCACAUAUCCCCAACUGCUUCAUACCAGCUCUGUCCCUGUCCUCUCUUAUCCGUGUGUUGGCACAGACUGGGAGUCAUGCUCGAAUGACACGCUCCUUACGUCAACACCUCUCAUAACCACCUUCUGUCGUCUGAGAAAUCCGUCUUCCUUACCUAAGGGCCCGGUUCAGGCAGAUACGGCUAUUGGACCAUGAGUACGAGCAUUGAACUGAAGCUUUAGGUAAACCCGAAUAUGUUGGAUCAGCCUCACACGUUGUUAGCUCAAUUCGCCAUGAUCAAACAUCCGUCUACUAUUGGGUUCGUGGCCGGUAGAUCGUAUGCUAUCUCAUCUGGGCUUGAGUGAUGGGGCGGCUUUUGCGCAUUGCUGGAAACUCGUAUGGCAUACAAGGAAGACCGAGUUGUUGAACUCUUUGCUUGCCGGGAGUAUUUGAACGCUCCCGCUGGUUGUCAUUAUGUCACCCAUGGGCUUUGACCUCACGAUCAAAUGAGUAUAUGACGACUUACGGACCUGCUACUUGCAUAGUCAGCCUUCUGUCCAUUUCAUUGGGAACCAAGUUAUCAUCAGCUCAAACUGCGACAAUGCCUACCGUACCAGGAAUGCCAACGGGCCCGGAGGACCCUAGGCGUCCCGGCGAGAGUCCACCCACAAUAUCCAUUGUUAUGUGUAUCAUCGUCUCCAUCCUCAUCUUAAUAGCCAUAUUUGUGGCCAGACGAAGCUCUCACAGGACAGAGUCAGACGAACACCCACACCGAAGACUGAAGAAAGGGUCCGGAGGCAUUGGGGUCAACGCUCUCCGCUCAUUGCCGCUCGUCAAGUACGACCCAGACUUGAUGGGCCAGGACUUUCACCAUGACGGGAGUACAAGCCCACGGGGGCUGCAUCUGUUGCGCGGCAUGGACAUGGCAGUCGGCGAGUCUGGUGUGGGAGAUAAACCAUCUCGAAAGGCAUGGCGCGCGUUCUACCCCCAGAUACGACACGCACUCUUGGGCAAACACAAGGGACAACCGCCUUGCACGGAAGACGGCAACACCAAUCACUUGAUACAAACUUGUGCGAUUUGUACCGAUGACUUUGUUCGUGGCACGAACCCGGGCAAAUCUCAGAACGUUAGCGAAUGCAAAUAA